UAAAUAGCCUAAAAACCACCUCUCUUGCUCAACCCACAUUUUUCUUUCCUUUACAAAACCAUAAUUUUUUCUCCUAAAAUAUUCCCAAAACGGAAAAAAGGAAAAAAUAAAGUUCCAUUUUAAAAAUUAGUACAAAGAUUAACUAAGCGAAUGGAUGAAAACAUGAUGAUUUCCUCAUCUUCCUCCUCUUCUUUGAUUUCAGCAUCUCCAGUAACAAGUCAACAAAAACUUCAGUUUUUACUGCAAAACCAGCAACACUGGUGGAAUUAUGCCAUUUUUUGGCAAACUUGUACAAAUAAAAUUGACAACGCUAGUUGUUCACUUUCCCUUGUUUGGGGAGAGGGCCAUUUCCAGGGUAUCAAAACCCCGUUACCUAAGCCCAAGAAGAAGCCCAACUUCUCGGGUUUUGACCUUCACGUUGACUUUGAUGAAGGCAUGUCUUCUAUGGAUGAUGUUGUCACUACUGAUGCUGAGUGGUUUUACAUGACGUCACCUUCAAAGGUUUACCCCUUCAAGCAAAGAUCAAGUCAUUCAGGUGGGAGUGGGAGUGCCACAUCAGCAGGUACUCUAGCUAAGGCUUUUACUACUGGUUCUUUGGUUUGGUUGAGUGGGGCCCAUUCACUCCGUUUCUAUAACUGUGAACGGGCCAAGGAAGCCCACUCUCACGGCCUUCAAACCCUUGUGUGCAUACCCGUUCCUAAUGGGGUUCUUGAGUUGGGCUCGGCGGAGGUGAUUAAGGAGAAUUGGGCUUUAAUACAGCAGGCCCAUUCUCUGUUUGGGCCUUUAUCUAACCUUGAUAUGGGCCCAAUGAAGCCCGAGUUUAGCAUUGGUGGUAAUGUUGGUGGUGGUGGUGGUGAUGGUGUUGGUGUUAGUGGUGGUGUUAUUUCUUUUUAUGACUCGGGCUUGGUCGGUACAAUCAGUACCGACCAAGCUCAACCCAGCUCAAUGGGUUCGUUUGAGGAUUAUGACUCGGACGAGCCCAUGAGCCAGCAAAGGGCGGUGAAGAAGAGGGGAAGGAGGCCUGGCACGGCACGUGAAGGCCAGGCCGCAGGUGUGAACCACGUGGAAGCCGAGCGGCAGAGGAGAGAGAAAAUGAAUAGCCGGUUUUACGCGCUCCGGUCGGUGGUUCCAACGGUUACUAGGAUGGAUAAAGCAUCCUUACUCGCCGAUGCCGUGGAUUACAUAAAUGAAUUAAAGGAUAAAAUCAAUAACCUAGAGUCACAACUCAGAGUAGUAAAAGUCCCUAGCUACAACGAUUGCAAUUAUGAUAACCAAAGUGUGAUUAGUAAUAACAAUAAUAAUGGUGUUGUUAAUUGUAGGGUCCCACUUGAGGUUGAAGUUAGGGUUUUAGGAAACGAGGCGAUGAUUAGGGUUCAAUGUGAGAAAGUUAAUCAUCCAGCAGCAAGGUUAAUGGGUGUACUUAAACAACUGAAAUUAGAAGUUCAUCAUGCGAGUGUUUCGACUGUUGAAGAGACGAUGGUUCAAGAUGUUGUGAUUGUUAAUGUUCCAUAUGAGUUGAAGAAUGACGCUGUUAUCAAAUCUGCUAUCAUUAGUAGGUUAGACCAAUAAUGUUUUUUUAAUUAUAGACGUUUGUUUCUCUAAUUCUCUUGUACAAGUAUCAUUAGUGUUACUAUUAUGAUUUAUAGUAAGGGGUAAGAAUCGAACUCCUAUAACAGAUUUAAAGAGGUAAAAAGAGGACGUUCAACCACUAGGUCAACCGUAGAAGAAUGAGAGGUAAGGAGGUAUUUGUUGGUAUUUAUGUGUUUGUGGGAACAAUGUUUUAAAGGCUUAUCUUCUUAUUGGUAAGUGAAAAGUUACGUGUGCCACGUUAAAAAAAACGGACAUUUUUUAUUUGGUGAAGGUAUGUACAAAUUCAUGUCA